AUGGCCGACAGCUCGGUCCACUCUCGCCCCAUGGCAGCCCAGGGCGCAGAGGAUGGAGAAGAAGACCUGGAGGACGUUGAAGAUACUGACCAAGACUACGCACAGGAUCGCGAGAACGAUAGCGAGUUUGAGGCGACCGAGGAGGAUUUGUUUCAGGGUGGUCUCUACGAACCAUCCGUCCGGAUUCAAGUCCAGGGGAGUGAAGAAGAGAGUGAAGGGCCGGGAGGCGAUGGAGUGCGCCCACGACCCGGUGCACCCGAAGAACGGUGCGAGGCGAGGCUCUACGGCUUCUCCAUCACACUGACCAAGGACUGGAUCAAGGAUGCUCGGGAUUAUCUCAAAGUCAAGCUGAAGGAUCUGAACGACGAGCAAGUCGCAUCCGGAGCGCAACAACUCCAUGACGAGGGUUGCUCCGACAACGAUAUCGGCACUCUGGGCGGAUGGGUGCAGGGGGAGUUGCGGAGGUGUUAUGUGUUCGGCAUACCGUUCAAGCCGGUUUGGCUGCUGGCAGGAUUCAGCGGGGAUCGUGGAGACUACUACAUCGGCAGAGUCCGCGCCAAGCUUCCGCGACAUAAGGAUAAGGAGAAGGAUGAGUGGUUGCAGCUCUUGGAUCUCUUGAGGCUUCACAUUUUCCCCUGGGUCGAAGAGGGUUGGAAGAAGACCGAUCCGCUGAAGAGGCACUAUGCGGGGGCGAGGUUCCUAGACACCCUCGCGAGCAUCGGACGCCUCGUUGUUGCACAGGAUCUGGCGAUGAUGUGGGCGUUCUGCCAUCAGCACGGCGUGAGAAACCCGCGGUGCAAUUGCGAGAGGCAUCCAUAUGUGCAGAUGAGCCCCUUGUGCAAGCACCCGCUGUUCCAAAAGUGGGAGUACCUGGUCGCUAUCUCUCACUUCCAGGGCGAGAAGCUUCGGGCAACCGGCCAAACCACCGCCAAAGCAGACGCUAUCUUUCGCACGACCGCAGAAGAGAAGCUGCAUAAGAUGCACCUCACCGCCAAUAUGCUCAGGGAGGAGCUUGGGAUUUUGAGAGGAUGUGAAAUGCAGUUGGCGAUGGAGAACGCUGAACUGAGGGAGAAACUCGCCGCUGAGCGAGAGGACAAGGCUCGGGUCAUUGCAGAGUUCGAAGCAUACAAGAGGUCUGUUGCGGCCAGGGAUGACGUGACAAACACCUCUGCAGAGAUCGACGGAUCGUCGAAGAGCGCGGGAACAGGAGGAAACCAGGCAACGGACGCAUCCAAAGCACCAGUUGCCGUCGAAGAAUUCUUCGUCGUGGUCGUUGUGUCUUGGCGCGAAGCCACCACUGUUGUUGCUGCCUGGAAAGUGUGGGUGCAGCCAAGCCUCAUCAUGGGCGGCCGGUCACUGCGCGAAGUCUUUGCAGAGUUCGACCGGUAUAAGAAGAAGGACAAGAAUUCCAGCUUCAUCACCGCAUAUUCCCGGUUCGCUGUCAAAGGUACGCCCGGGAUGGCUGUGGGUGCAUGCGAGCGAAAGAUGCGUCGCGUGCAUCGUGUCAUGGUUUCCGUGGAGACGCUAAGAAAAGACAGCUCCGAGGCGGCGACCGCAACGGCCAUUAAGCUGCUGGACGAGGUUUUACUCGUGUGCAACUUCACGGAAUUCACCAACGGCUUGGCUGUGCUGCAUGAGACUCCGACCAUCAAGAAACAGAAGACCGGUUCGUCGACGGAAAAGAGGACCGUCAACGACUUGGCGCAACGCAGAGUGGGCUGGCUGUUAGUCAAGAAGGGCCUUCACGACCAGGAGUGGGCAACUUCGCUGUUUGGGGAUGAUGAGUGGGAGGAGAUCCACAAGGAACACAUGGCGCAGGAGAAGGUGGAAGAGGAGAAACAACGAACCGCUGCGGCGAAGAAGGCGGAACGGGAAAAGGCGAAGGGCGAAGCGUCGAAACGCAAGGAGCAGAAAUGA